GUUCGCUCUAAAGCGAAGUGGCUUCAAAGGGUUUAAGAGACAGAUGCAGAGAAUCUCCAUUUCCAUCUCCGGAAUCAGAAGAUUCUGCGUCACCUCUCUAUCGUCAUCCUCCGCUUCAAAUCACGUUACUCUCACGGAUCAUCGGGUGUUGAAACAACUUCUUGAAUCAUGCAAAGCUCCAUCAAAUUCCAAAUGUGUUCUUCAAGCACAUGCUCAGAUCUUUAAACUUGGAUAUGGAACAUACCCAUCUCUCCUUGCCUCCAUGGUUACAGCUUAUAGACGCUGCAACCAUUCACACAUUGCUCGCCGGCUUCUUCUUUGGUUCCUCUCAUUGUCCCCUGGCGUCUCCAACACGAACCUAAUCAUCGAGAAUCUCAUGAAAACCGGAGAGUACGGUUUAGCUAAGAAGGUUCUACGCAAAGCAAGUGAUCUGAAUGUGAUCACUUGGAACUUGUUGAUUGGUGGUUAUGUCAGAAAUGUACAGUACGAGGAAGCCUUGAAAACUCUUAAGGAUAUGCUUAGUUUCUCGGAUAUCAAACCGAAUAAGUUCAGUUUCGCUUCCGCUUUAUCAGCUUGUGCUCGUCUUGGAGAUUUACACCAUGCGAAUUGGGUGCAUUCUCUGAUGAUUGAUGAUAAGAUUGAGCUCAAUGCGAUACUGUGUACUGCACUUGUCGACGUGUAUGCAAAGUGUGGAGAUAUUGAAACCUCGAGGGAGGUUUUCUACAGUGUUGAACGCAACGAUGUGUCUAUUUGGAACGCGAUGAUCACAGGUUUUGCUACUCACGGACUAGCCACAGAAGCGAUCAGAGUGUUUUCAGAGAUGGAAGCAGAACAUGUCUCACCAGAUUCUAUAACAUUUCUGGGACUUUUAACAGCGUGUAGCCAUUGUGGUUUGCUUGAAGAAGGGAAAGAGUACUUUGAUCUAAUGACCCGCCGGUUUUCGAUACAGCCAAAGUUAGAGCACUACGGGGCAAUGGUUGAUCUUCUAGGCCGAGCAGGAAAGGUAAAAGAAGCUUACGAGUUGAUAGAAUCAAUGCCAAUAGAAUCUGAUUUGGUGAUAUGGAGGUCUCUUCUUAGCUCAUCAAGAACUUACAAGAAUCCUGAGCUAGCAGAAACCGCUAUACAGUAUCUUACGAGAGCAAAGAGUGGAGACUAUGUGCUGCUCUCGAACAUCUAUAGCUCCACAAAGAAAUGGGAGAGCGCUCAAAAGGUCAGAGAGUUGAUGAAGAAGGAAGGAAUUCGUAAAGCGAAAGGAAAGAGUUGGGUGGAGUUUGGAGGAGUGAUACAUCGGUUCAAGGCAGGAGAUACAUGUCAUGUAGAAACAAAGGCUAUAUACAAACUAUUAGAAGAGUUGAUACAGAGAACCAAGUCUCAAGGUUUUGUGCCAGACACGGAUUUGGUGUUGAUGGAUGUCUCUGAAGAGGAAAAAGAGGAGAACUUGAAUUACCACAGCGAGAAGCUCGCGUUGGCGUAUGGGAUCUUGAAGAGUAGUCCAGGAUCAGAAGUUAGGAUUCAGAAGAAUAUAAGGAUGUGCAGUGAUUGCCACAACUGGAUAAAAUCAGUGUCGAAGUUGUUGAAUAGAGUGAUUAUAAUGCGGGAUCGGAUACGGUUUCAUAGGUUUGAAGAUGGGUUGUGUUCUUGCAGAGAUUAUUGGUAAGAGAAGAGAGAUUGUCUACAAAAGCUAUAUCUGCAUUCUUGCUUUUCCGCAAUCUCACACAAAGGUCCAGUGAAGUUUCAGUGUUGAUAAUACAUUGUGUUGAAGCAUGAAGCUGGCGUGCAAAGAUUUUUGAAAGUCUUCGUUUUGGUCCUACUGUUGAAAGUUUUUGAAGGUUGGUUUCGAGGUUUUGCCCUUUGGGAUUUUUUUGGGGAAUUCUUACAGUUUUAGGGACUAAAUUGUAAUAAAUAGUGUUAAAGUUGGUACUUUGUUCUCAAG